GUCAAUGAGUCCAACCAAUCCCCCAUCAAUGGCAUGCAAUCCACCCACGCCGCGCCAUGCAGAGAGGCAGAAAUCGCGGAGCAAAGCGCUAUGGACUACGUAUAUCUAUCUAAUCUAUAAAUAUGCGUGUGUGUGUCCAUCGGCACGGCAGCAGUCCCCCCAGCACGCAGCAAAGACCGAAACCGCUGGCUGAAGCAGGGCCCUCACUCAUAUACAGAAAAAAAUAAAUACCCAUAUAUUCUCUCUCGUUCCUUUGGGUCGUCCGUUGGUUUGGUUUGGUUUCACACGGGGGUAGGCAGGCCAAAGAGGGCAGGGAUAUCCUCAAGCGAAUUGACACUGACACACACACACACACACAGAGAGAGAGAGAGAGAGAGCAGAAGACACAGAUCGGUCAAAGCAUCUUCUUCGCCCAUGCGACGCGAUGCACCUGACGAAAUUAUUGACGGCACUGUUUGUGUCGCUCUUGGGCUGCCUGCCCUUGUUGUUGACCAGCACGCCGCUCCACCCCGCCUACCGAAGACACACGCACACACACACACACACACACAACACACAGGCGUGUCAAUCCAGUCACCUACCUCGGCACCCCCCUGCACCCACCUGUGUGGCGCCCACAAUGUCCCUCUCGAAUGAGUCGCCGAUGUGCACGUGUGUCGUGCGGUCCACACCCACACACGACGACGACGAUGGAGAGGCCGGCUCGCCCUCUUUGGUCCACUGCUGCCGCACACGCCGGGCCUCCUCAACGGCCGACUGGAAUAUCUGGGGGUGCGGCUUCUCGACGCCCUGCUCCCGCGACAGCAGCACGAAGUCAAAGUACUGCAGUAGGCCGAAACGCGCUAGUGCCUCGGUUGCCCUCUCGUCAAAAUUGCUGAUCACGCCCAUGACGGGCCGCUCGUCUGCUCCAAGCGAUCCGCGCCACGAGCUGACCGACAGACACACCCCCACCCCCACAUACGAAACGUGCGGGCGCACGCACAUUGGCGGCACCCCACCCACCUGAGUGCUUGUAGCACCUCGUGUGUGUUGGGGAGGAGGGCCCAGCCCCUCUCUCCCACAAACACGUCGUAGUAGAGAUCCGCAAACACGCGGUCGAAGUAGCCGCUGCUGCCGCCGUCCUCAUGCUGCAGGAGGGCCGGGUCGACGCCCCCAUGGAUGUACGUGUGCCGCACGACGUCUCUCCACCACUCCACCGACGACAGGUUGGUCGCCGCGCCAAACGCAGGAUGCUCCGCAGACCUAAAGGGAGGGAGACAGACAACAGACAAAAGAAACAGAGGUCCAGAAACAUACAGACUUUGCCACCGUCCCUCCCUCCCUCCCUCCCUCCCUCCCUCCCUUCUCACUUUGCCUUAUAGGCCUUCAUGAACGCGGUGGUGAGGGCGUCAGCGUCGAGCUCUUCUAGAUGCCUUUCCCAUCCCGAGCCCUCGGGCAGAUGCUCGCGCAGGGCGAGGAGGUAGCUCUCGCCGACAGGGAUGCGCGGCGUGAACAGCGUGCCCGUCACGUCGAGUGUUACCAGGGAGGGCCGGGGAAACCGCACAGAAGACGCCACAUCUGUGGUGGCGCUAUGGCUGGACGUCGAUGACAUCAUUGUGACGCGAUGACGGGUGGACGGUCUAGUAGACGGUCGGGGGUUCCUGAAGGCAGCUGUUGGCUGCCAUUCUUGGCGCGUGACGGCUCGGACGGACGACAGAUGCUGGUGGCAAGGGCCAGAUGAAGCGAUGAGGCUGAGCGAGAGACCGAUUGACAGCCGCAGCCGGUUGCGAGAUGGCAACUGA